UGGACAUUUAUUUUUAAAAUACACACUCCAGCUCAGAGGGUGGCGGCACUGCCACAAGAACGUCUUUGAAAUGCAAGAUUAGCAGCAGAAGCAGAGGAGGACAUGUGUCACGUGACAUUGUUUAUUGUGAGUGGAGACGAUGGCGAGGAACGAGGAGAAGCAACAAGGGAAACUGAACAGACUGUGGCUGCAGAAGGAGAGAGAGGAGGGACGACUCCGAGAUGCUCACGAGCGCAGACCGAAGCUGUCCACUCUCAACUCAGCCUCGUCUGUGACCAAGUGGAUCCCCAGCAUCAAGAAGGAAAUAGAGUAUUAUCUGCAGCAGUCCCAGCUGUCUCACUACCCGGAGAGGAAGAUCUCUGAGUUCCAGCUGUGCAUCGAGGCUCUGGAGAAAGAGUACAAGAGAUUCAUCACCAAACUGCGAGCGCUCGACCCUUCGUGCAAACACAAGCCGUGGACUCCUCGAGGGUACUGCAAGAGGAGAGCAGAGACACGGGACCCUCCGGGGACAGGUCGGUGUGCCACAGUGAAAAACCCUCGACGCAGUGAGUCACAUGAGGACAGCAGUCAGUGGAGUGGGGCUGUACCUGACUUGGUAAGCAGCCGGACAGGAUGUCACCAAACCUCAGCCACCGAGAGGGAGAGACCUCUCGUAUAUUCAGAGGCCAGACGUCAAACCCCUAUCCCCACCAACCCGAGGUCAGAAACCUCAGAGACAGUCUGCGCAGACCAGGACCAGCCGCUCUCCUUCGACCGCACACGGCUGGCAGUGGCCACCGCUGCGUUCAGAGGGCCGGCGGUUCAGAUCAGCUCGUCCCCAACACAGAGUCUAGCCAGGGUUCUGCAGUCAGGCCUGCCAAACCUCAGUAAUUCCCUGUCAGGUCAAACAUUUUCAUCACAGAACAGAGACACAGAUGUCGGGACAACAGAGAGUUUGGUUUUCCGUGUGAAAGGUGCCUUCCAAGAACAUAAUUCAGAGUGUGAAGCAGCAGAGAGGAAACCUGAGAAAACAGAGGAGAGCACUGGUCACGUCCUGGGAUUAGACUGUUACUCUUCCUCUGAUGGGGAGUGUGACACGUGAUAUUGUAGAUCAUUAGACAUAGUAGUUUACAUUUGUAUCCAUCUUGUGUCCUUUCAAGGGCUGGCAGGUCAUGUGAACAGCAACAUUGAUGUGAUAGAAGUACUUUGUAAAAAAACACUUAAAUAUAAUAACAAUAAAGAAUUAAAAACUAAAAAUUUCUGGACUUUUUCAAAACCAAUUCCUACAUUUGUUUCUUAAAUAUGCCAUAUUUUCUCAAGUAUGUAAAGUGCCAUGCUGUGUGUUUGGUAGAAUAAAAAAAAACUCUUUUAAA